GCCGUGGCGGCGAGCGAGCGGUUUGCGAACACCAGCGGAGGAGCCUUCACCAUCAUCAAGACCAACGAGCAGAUCCCCUUCGCGCUCGGGUGCGAGAUCAUCAUCACCACCUUCCUGUUCCUCGCGGUCUGCCUGGGCGCCAUCAAUGGGAAGACCAAGAGCCCUAUGGCGCCGUUGUACAUCGGCUUCGCGGUCACCGUCGACGUCCUGGUGGGAGGCGGCGUGUCCGGAACCUGCACGAAUCCUGCCAGAGCCUUCGGGCCAGCUGUGGUAGCAAACUACUGGGACUAUCACUGGGUUUACUGGGUAGGGCCCAUCAUCGCCGCCCUCCUUGUCAGCGUGGUGAUGAGGCUCCUGAUGGGCGACCGGACCACCCGCCUGCUCCUGAAGUGA